AUGGUUCGACCUCUGGUGCUGGCAGCAGCUGCCCUGGCAGGACUCGUCCAUGGACUCCCAGUGAGCGAAGCAAACCCGCUUCAACUUCGAGACUUCUGUCUUCUCGAAGACCUUGUCGUCAAUAUCCUGAAGCUGGAUUCCAAGGCAGACACGUUCUGCACCAGUGUUCUGAACAUCAAGACUGCCACUCAGACGGUCACCACCACCUCGACUCCUGCUGUGACGACUGAUACUGCCACGGCGUACACCACUGGCACCGUGACAAGUACGACAACGGCCACCAUCACUGAUACAAUCACCGACUAUUAUAGUGCUACUGAGGUUGACUACCUCACCACUCCUGUCACGGACAUUGUUGAUGUGACGAACACUGUCUCGACUACCAUCACGAUCGAUCAGACCGAGACUGAUACUGCGACGGAUUACUUCACGGCCACUCUCACGGAUAUUGUAUCCAACACUGUCACCUCGACGGUCACUGCUGUCUCCACAGCUAUCAUCUAUGAUCGUCGUGACAUUCAAGAGCGUGGUCAACUUGUAGCCACUCCGACCUGUCUACGGGGACUGGGCAAUGCCUUUGCUUCUGCGGCUUGUUCAUGCUUGCACCUCACGACUCCUACAGUCACUGCCACUUCGACUGUUAUAGCAGCUACUCCAACUGUUACCGUCACCAUUACUCUUCCUGUAACGGCCACCGAGGUUGAUACGGUGACUGCUACAGCCGAUUCAACCACAGACAUCACCAACACCAUCACGGUCACCUCCACCGUUCCGUCCACCAUCUAUGUAUCGUCUUUCUUCACCGACGUGGAAUCUUACUCUACCACUGACUCUUUCACCGUCACUGCAACUGUCGACUCGACCGUGACCGAAACUGCCACUGUCACCACAGAGAUCGACGUAUACUCGACCGUCCAAGCCGUCGCAACCGCCACCCAAGUCUGCACUACUCUUGCAAUCGAGAAAUUCGUCCUGGCCAACACCGACCAAACCACCGUCGCACAAGCCAACCUGUACUCCGGAAGUGACAUCGUCAUUAACACGAACAACCUCUAUGGUCCAUUCACCAACCCUUUCCCAUCGACUGACUCCUGGUACGGCGUCAUCCCUAGUCUGUCCAUGCUGUUCACUUGCGACGCCGAGCAGCGAGUUUUCAUUAGCUACAGGAAUGAGGGCACCUUCACCAUUGUACCCGGCCACCUCGCUUCGUCUCCCUCGACCUACGCUGUAUCUGCCACCACUCCUCCUUCUGGCUCCACUAUCACCAUUUUCGCUGUGGUCUGGGGACUUGGCUUGAUCACUGAUAGCAGUGUCAUCAGCGCUCUGUAUAAUUCUCACGCGGCUGGUACACAGUUCGAGUGGUCAAAUGUUUUCUUCGGAAUAGACACCUGGCCAGGCUUUAAGAAGACAGGUGCUAUCUAUUACACUGAUUCCACCGGUACUUUGCAGGUGAUUUAUGGAAAGGAGAGCACUUAUAGCACUCUUUGA